AUGGCACAGGGCGACUCGGGCCAGGAGCCCCCACCAAGUGGGACAGCGCCUGAGGUUCCAAAAGUUGCAGAGGAGUCGAACUGCGCUGGCUUGCCGCUGGAGCUGUUCGACUCUGACCGAAGCAUCGCUGAGGACAUCUUGAAAGUAUUUCAGGAUAAGAGUGUGGCGGGGUCUGGGCAUUCUCUGACAACUGGACAGGUGUUGGAGAAGUUAGCCGUCAACAUCGCCUCGCACCACAACGAUCUCUUCAAGUCCUUGCUGAAGCAGAUGUGUGUCCUCACCAAGUCCCAGACAAAGAACAGUCCCGGAUACUGGACCUUGCGCAAAGAUUUCUGGCCGCGAAGAUGA